GCUAUUCAAGAUUUGCACAUGUACCAAACGUAUAGAGAUUGAAGAGAAAAUAACCAACACCUGCCUCCCCCCUCACAUUCCUCUCCGCCUUAUUAUUUUCCUUUGAUCAAAACAUCAACGCUAACAAAUCUGAAAACAUAGGAAAGAUGAGAGAGAUCCUUCAUAUUCAAGGAGGACAAUGCGGAAAUCAGAUCGGGUCGAAAUUCUGGGAGGUGAUCUGCGACGAGCACGAUGUGGACACAACCGGAAAGUACAAGGGCGGGUCCCACAUGCAGCUUGAGCGCAUCAACGUCUAUUUCAACGAGGCGUCUGAGGGGAGGUACGUCCCACGCGCCGUGCUCAUGGAUCUCGAGCCCGGCACCAUGGAUUCUAUCCGGGCUGGGCCCUACGGCCUGAUAUUUCGGCCCGACAAUUUUGUAUUCGGGCAGUCUGGCGCCGGCAAUAACUGGGCCAAGGGACAUUACACGGAGGGCGCUGAGCUCAUCGACUCGGUGCUCGACGUUGUUAGGAAGGAGGCCGAGAGUUGUGAUUGCAUGCAAGGAUUCCAAGUGUGCCACUCACUAGGCGGCGGCACAGGGUCUGGCAUGGGCACCCUCCUUAUCUCAAAGAUUAGAGAGGAAUUCCCCGACAGGAUGAUGCUCACCUUCUCUGUUUUCCCUUCUCCAAAGGUCUCGGACACCGUGGUGGAGCCCUACAAUGCCACCCUCUCCGUCCACCAGCUAGUCGAAAAUGCGGACGAAUGCAUGGUCCUCGACAACGAAGCUCUCUACGACAUCUGUUUCCGCACUCUCAAGCUCACCACUCCCAGCUUUGGCGACCUAAACCACCUGAUCUCGGCCACAAUGAGCGGGGUGACGUGCUGCCUGCGAUUUCCAGGGCAGCUCAACUCAGACCUGCGGAAGCUGGCGGUGAACCUCAUUCCGUUCCCGCGGCUCCACUUCUUCAUGGUGGGGUUCGCCCCGCUCACCUCCCGGGGCUCCCAGAACUACGUGUCCCUAACGGUGCCGGAGCUGUCCCUGCAGAUGUGGGAUGCCAAGAACAUGAUGUGCGCGGCCGACCCCCGCAACGGCCGCUACCUCACAGCGUCGGCCGUGUUCCGGGGGAAGAUGAGCACCAAGGAGGUGGACGAGCAGAUGCUGCACGUGCAGAACAAGAACUCCUCCUACUUUGUGGAGUGGAUACCUAACAACGUCAAGUCGAGCGUGUGCGACAUACCCCCCACGGGGCUCAAGAUGUCCUCCACCUUCGUCGGCAACUCCACCUCCAUCCAGGAGAUGUUUCGCCGCGUCAGCGAGCAGUUCACCGCCAUGUUCCGUCGCAAGGCCUUCCUACAUUGGUACACCGGGGAGGGCAUGGACGAGAUGGAGUUCACCGAGGCCGAGAGCAACAUGAACGAUCUUGUCGCUGAGUACCAGCAGUAUCAAGACGCCGUCGCCGAUGAAGAAGACUAUGACGACGGAGCCGCCGCUCAAGAUUAUGAUGACAACUAAUUCAUUAAAUGUAGCAGUGUUUUUUUAUUCUCUUUCUAGCUAGUUUGGUUGCCUUUGUUGUUGUUGUUUGAAUAAUGUUUGUCUCAAGUUUUAUGUUUGUUUUGUUUGACAUAUAUAUGAGUUUUUAAUUGUUCGCCGGU